CAGAUGUUCAUUGCUUCAGCAAGAAGAAGGGGCAGAACCUCCCUCCCCAGAUUGCUCAGAAACAGGAGAAAACGGGUCAUACUCAAUGCUGUCCGGUGAACACCUACAGGAUGCUCCCCCACACCUCUCCAGGACCCUUACACAGAAUGAAGAACAGACCUCCUUGAGGCAGAGUAGCAGCUGUGGUUCGUCUGCUGCCUCUUCCUCUGAGUUAUUGUCAGGUUCCAACGAGACAAGAAUUCCUCACAGUAAAGUGCGCCAAGGAAAGGGUCUCAGAAGCAUCUUCCCUGAGUCUCCUGUUAAGCGUUACUGCUGCUAUGGAGUGAUCACAGUCGUUGCUAUAGCUAUACUUGUUCCUCUUUCUGUUGCUUUGUCAGUAAAACAGAUGGAACAGACCUCAAUCAAUAAUACCUCUGCUGCCUCAAUCAAUAAUACCUAUGCUGCUUGCCCGAGCAACUGGACUGAAUAUGGUAAUAAAUGUUUUUAUUUUUCUGAAAAUACAAGUAACUGGACAUUCAGCCAGACCCUCUGCAAGGCACAACAGGCCGAGCUAGCUCGAUUUGACAACCAGGAGGAGCUGAAUUUCCUAAAGAGACACAAAGGGAGUUCUAAUCCCUGGAUCGGCCUGCACAGAGAGUCAUCAGCGCACCCUUGGAAGUGGACAGACAACACUGUAUAUAACAACUCGUAUGUUCCCAUCCGAGGAGACGGACUAUGUGGCUUCCUGAGUGACCAGCUCAACAUCAGCAGUAGCAGGGACUACGUAAAAAGGAGUUGGAUUUGUAGCAAGCCCAAAAGCUACACCUCACAGUCCCAGUAGUUUUGUGUCCUGGGUAGAGAGUUUGUCCUAGCAAUUAUGAGGAACACAGAACUUGCUAUCUACAGUUCCUACUCUCUUAAUGAUCUGUUGAAAUCAUUAUUAAAAUCAGUGAAUAAUGCAUGGUGACA